UAACUUAUUUUAAAGUUAGCAGUUAAUUUCCACAGAACCCCUAACGAUUACAUUUAAUUUAAACUAUGUCAGUUUUGUAUUUCUUGGGUGUAAAUAUGGGUAAAGAUGAAUGUGUGUAUGUUGGUCAGUGAAUUCAAGUGGUAGACAUUUUGCUUCCAUGCAGGAAAUGUUGGAGGUCCUCGACAGGAAGCUGUUGCAGUCCGAAACACCCUCUCCAGAUGAAUCUGAAGUCACGCCGAGGGAGGUGACAAACGGUCCAAUAGUACUCCAAGGGGAGGACAGUCUCAGGACUCAGUAUGUUCCUCCAGAACCAACAGUUAAAAUUCUAAAGCGACCUGCUAGGAAUAAUGUGAUUGGUGGUGCGGAUGGACCAGUCCUUAAUGGAGACUCAAAGCCCCGGCAGCCAAUUAAAACUCUCCAACAGAGAGAGCAAGAAUAUGCUGAAGCAAGACUGCGAAUUCUAGGAGAAGCACGAAGCCCAGAAGAGCAACUACAUAUAGCAACUAAUGAUAGGAUUAGCAAAAUUCAAACAAAAAUGGAAGUUUUAAGAACAUCAGAAUUGCCUAACAUAGUGCGUCUUCCCAAGGGACCAGAUGGAACCAGGGGGUUUAGUGCCCGGAGGUAGUGGCAGUGGUAUAGCCUUCUGGGCAAUGAGGGACUCCUGUGUUACUGAUUGGUUGAGCAAGAAGCAUGAGGAAACCAGAAGUGAACUGUGUAGUUACUGGUGAUUUGAGCCAACUUCAUAUAUUUUGGUUUGUUAACGAGCUUGUAUGUAGCCUUGUGAAGAGGUGAAUCAAAUCGUCCAUUUCAACAAAACUGUUGUACGGUGGUGCAUACCCGAACAAAGCAACAGGUGGUAGUGCCAUAUUGGCAUUGUUGCUGUGAUUACUGUAAGUGUGGCUAUACUGAUCGACGUUAGGUGUGAAUGGAUGUUAUCAUGUAGUGUAGCACUAACAUAUUGAUUGAUUUUCUUAUUUUGUAACUUUCCUUGCUUACUGGUGUUACCGGAUCGUUGUAUCGAGCACCAGCAUUUCUGAUUGUACAUAUAUUUUAUAUUGUUGGACAAAGGCAGAUAUUUUUAUGCAUUACUAACCACACAUAGUUAUCAGAGGUGAGAGAGAGCUGUAUUGUGAUACUUGGUGUUCUGUGUACUGCAAAGUCCGUGUGUGUGUGGGUGUAUAUAAAGAAAAGAUGUGCGUGUGCUGCUUGCACACAGGCAUACAUGCAGACACAUGCACAGCGGAGUCUUCAUUUAAGGUUCAGUUCCACUGAUCCCAUGUCAUUAAAUUCAGUGGUGUUAAAUGUACCUUGAUCUUCAGUUUGUGUUCAGAUCUGGAACCUGAAUGGGAUGUUCACUGUGUGUACUGUGGGUAUAUUCAGUAGCCGCAGAUGGAGGCCUCUCUUGCCGUAGCAGAUAGAGGGAACUGGAGUAGCUGCCAGCCCGUGCCCAGUUGAGUGGAGAUGUGACGCUGUCAGAUUGGAUGCUUUCACUGCAAUAAGAAUUAUUGCAUGUUUUCUGAAUGGAUUUGGGGAAGAGGCAGGGGCGUAUAUGUCACAAGAGCCAAGUCAGAUGGCAUUACUGUCUGUUUUUUUACUGGCAUUUGUUAUGAUGCUUCGCAGAUGAGCAGAAUGUUUUAGAACAUGGCAUGACAAUUAAGGAGAGGAAGGUUGUGAUACAAAGAGCAAUCUUUCCCGAUUAAAAGAUUGCAUUUUCUUCCAGGAUAGGCAUAAAAUGGUGGAAAGCACUUGAAACAGUUCACAGCUGUUCAGUGUUGUAGUUUAAUUCUGAAUUUGCAGUUCAGAAUAUGCACGGCAGCAUAACACCAACUUAUGUCGUGAUCAGUGUGUCUUUAAACCCCACUUUGACAGUCUUAUUUGUGUAACUGAUAACAUUAAUUAAAUUGGAGUGAAUAAUUCAUUUGCACCUUCUUACUUUUUCUGGUGUUUUUUUUUUAAUUUCCUGCUCAGAGUUGCAAUGUACACAAUUUUAAUUUGAAUUCAAGAUUAUUCAGCAUGGACCAAAAUUAAGUUCCAUUAAUACAUUUUAAUGAGGACCACUGGAACUGUAUAUUCACGAGAAAAUGUCUGCGCAUCGUAUUGGUACUUCAUUUAACCAUAGAAACUAAAUUUUUCUAUUGUGCCCCUCCCCAGUUUGAAGUACCUUAAUCAGUUGUGCCUGCCACUAUUAUUCCUGUGCAUGUGCACAGUCUAGCUGACUGAAUGUUGCAUUUUUGCAAUACUUUUGCCAUUGCUGAAAGUUAAAUUAAGGCUAACAGCCCAACAGAAGUAGGGAAAUUUAAAAUUCAGAUAGCCAAGUGAUGUUUUGAGAGAGGGAGUUUCUCUGAAGUUUUAUUAUAUGAAAAUUAAUUGUGGGAACUGUUACAUAAGCUGAAGUCAAACAGUGUUGUGCAGUGGGAAGUGGGACGCAUCAGUGAACUGUUUUUUUAUAUAAAUGCAUGACUCAGGAGGUGAAUGAGAUGACAGUAGUUGGAACAUGGGUACGUAAGUUAUCUUGUGCUUCAUAUGGUAAAUGUAAGGCCACAUUACCUUGCUUUCCCAUACAUUCUGUACAAGUGUGAGUUUGUGUAUAUACUUGUGUGUAUGUGUUACAUAUAUAUGUAUAUCAUGUUGAGCAUUGAUCAUAAAUCUGACCAAAAUGGUUAAUUUAUUGUAUGAUUGGCGGCGGACAGCAUAUUUUAGAUAAUGUUUUCAAGCUCACGGCUUUUCAGCUUUUAAACUAUAUUGAGGCCAUGGAAAGAAGAAACACGGAUCAACCCUUUCAUGUGUGUGUCCUUCAAGCUGUUACCCCUACAGCGUACUUCUCAGUAUUCCCCUGCAGUAAUUAAUUGUACAGCCGUGUCGUCAUCAAACUCUAUAUAGUGUGAGAUUGUAGGAUUGAUGAAUUUGGCCAGUCUCAUGACAGAAAUGUUGAAAGUGAUGAUAACAUUUGCUAAUGACACAGGCUUGGGGGGGGGAGGAAACCUCAAGCAGCAUUAAGCCUAUCCAUCCAUGGAACGUGUUUCUGUGGCUUCAGUAUAGAUGGCUUUACUCCCAUUGCAACAGACAUGUUUUGUUAAUUGUAUAUAAUCAUUCUGCAAAGGAGUUUCUGUUGUGAUGCCAUAAAAUUUAACUUUGAGUUUCAGUCAAUAGUUUGUGGAAGUUCAUUACGUGAUUAGGUGAGGUUGUCCAUUUUGUCUUUUAACUCUUGACGGACCUGUAAUACUAGUAACUACUACUUGGUGGCUAGUAGCUUGAAAGUUCAGGUCCGUUUCAUGUGUUUGUAUUGCUACUGGAUGCUUAAUGAACACCAAUAUUGCCACAGUAACUGAACAAUAAUAUUCUCUUAUGUCUAGAAUAUUUAGCAUUGAAUCAUGUCAAUUAAUGUAAAGGGAGCAGUAUCACAAUGAUAAUGAAAAAAUUAUAAAGUAUAUCAGUGUAUGAAAUUAUUUUAGCAUAAAACGGUUAUAUGUUGAUUUUAUAUAUUUAUCUGUGUGUGUGCAUUCUCCAAAAUGGUCAUUAUAGUGUCAUGGGUGUGAGAAUUUUAAAAAACAAACAUGAUUUCUUCUGUUGAUGUUUGAGUGGUUUGUUUACUUGUAUGUAUUGUCACUUUGCCCCAACUGAUGUACUGUAUUAGAAAUACAGUGGCAUAAUUUUAUCGUAGACUUCUGCAGAAUGUAAGCAGAGUGACUCUUGGCUGCUGAAUCAAUUGUAGUGAUAAUAACAAGACCAAGAACACUGAUGACAACAGCAGAUGCUUUCUUUUUUACUAUGGCAUGUAUGUUGGUAGUAAUUAAAGCAGGAAUGUACACUCAUUUCCAGUGGAA